AUGCCAACAACCACACCCGCACCUGACAAAUCGAGGCAGACUUCGGCCGGCAAAUCGUUCUUCGGGAGGAAACUACACAAGGAGCGACCUGUCGAUGAACGAUAUGAGGGAUACGUAGGAGGCUACGACAACCUCGUGCCGCCCGGUAGCGCUGCGGGCUCUCGCUCGUCCCGACACUCGAAACGAUCAUCCAUCCAGUCGGUAGACAUAUCUCACGACAUGGACCCUGCUGGAAUCCCCGGAGUCAUCACAUCUAUUCCGUUCGAGGCCCUACCCACCGACAACAAGUCGCCCAUCCCCGUCGAUUCGCUGUCGAAACCCGACCCCGCCGCUCGAAAGGAGCCCGCACCGAACCAUAUUGCGAAGGGCGCAGGUGAUUUUCAUCAAUACCCCGUAUGGGAUCCUACCGCCGUACGGGACAACAAUACCUAUAUCCAUCCGACAGGCCCUCGCCCACCACCGCACGCCUCCAAUAUGACCAUGUCCGGCAGUUCAACAGGCGACAAAGGCGCGCGAUAUCAACAAUGGGGAAGACCGGGAAGCUCAGCGGCCAACACGGGAUUCAGCCAUAAUUCAUCUUCAACCGUCGACUCGUCCUCCAAUUCGCGCAUAUCUUUUGACCAAGCUAGUGUCCACUCGUCCGUCUCCUCAAACACCAGAGGCUCGAGCUAUUUCUCAUCAGACGGAUCAUCCCGUACUCUCACCACAUCACACUCGGCUGAUCGCAAUACAUAUUUUCCAACCAGCAGUGGCGGCCGUUUGUCCAACGCCCAAGCGGCCUGGCAGGCAUCGCAGCCGCCGCCUGCUCAGCCGAGGCCUCCAGCCCAUCCGGAACAUUAUCUCACUCGCCCGCGGGAUGAUCGCAUCGUGGACCAACUUUUCCUUGAACUCAUGCAAAAGCGAGGCUGGCAAAACCUUCCUGAACAAGCCAAACGACAGAUGCUCGCUUACCCCGCGUCCAAAAAAUGGACCCUCGUUCAUCAAGAUCGGUUGACGGAGUUGCAAGGGGAGCAGAAGCGCAGGCAAAAUGCGCGCCAGACACACGGCCAUGAUGGUCUCUCCGGAAUCCUUGAACGAGCCGACGAAGAAGGGAGUCCUGAAUGGUAUGUCAAAAAGGUCAUGGACGACAGUAUCACCUCGAAGCAACUAGCGAGUUUGAGUGUGAGCUUGCGUACGCAGCCUAUCAGCUGGGUGAAGGCUUUCGUUGAAGCGCAGGGUCAAAUCGCGUUGACGAAUGUCUUGAUGAAAAUCAACCGGCGAAAGGCAUCUGGCCCUGUUCCUGCUCCUCCGACAGGUGACAAGGAUCUUGACCGAGAAUAUGAUAUUGUGAAAUGUCUGAAGGCUCUGAUGAACAACAAGUAUGGUGCGGAUGAUGCUUUGUCUCAUCAGCAAGUCAUUGUGGCUCUUGUGAGCUCGUUGCUCUCGCCCCGGUUGAAUACGAGGAAACUGGUUAGUGAAGUCCUGACAUUCCUCUGUCACUGGGCCGAUGGGUAUGGACAUCAAAAAGUCCUUCAGGCUAUGGAUCAUGUCAAAAAUAACCAUGGCGAAACUGGCCGCUUCGAUGCUUGGAUGCGGAUUGUCGAGGUCACGAUUGAUGGCCGUGGAAAGAUGGGCAGUUUGGUUGGUGCCAGCGAAGAGUAUCGGAGUGGAGGGAUUGGUAUGGAGAACCUGCUCAUGGAAUAUGCUGUAUCGACCAUGUUCCUCAUCAAUAUGCUGGUGGAUGCCCCGGAAAACGACCUCCAACUGCGAUGUCAUAUUCGUGCGCAGUUCACCUCCUGCGGCAUCAAGCGUAUCCUCACCAAGAUGGAGGGUUUCCAGUACGAAGUCAUCGACAAGCAGAUCGAGCGCUUCCGAGAGAAUGAGGCCAUCGAUUACGAGGACCUCCUCCAGCGCGAGGGCAGUAGUAUGAAAGACAGCAUUGAGGGUGAAGUGAAGGACAUGAGCGACCCUCUGCAAAUCACGGAUGCCAUUGCGACCAAGAUCUCGGGCACUCGGGCCCAUGAUUAUUUCCUCUCCGCGAUGCAACAUAUGCUGUUGAUUCGGGAGAACUCGGGCGAGGACGGUCUCCGAAUGUAUCAGCUGGUGGAUGCGAUGCUCAGCUACGUCGCCAUGGAUCGGCGACUGCCUGAUCUCGAUUUUCGACAAGGCUUAACGUUCACCGUACAGAGCCUUCUGGACAGGCUCCACACGGAUGCUGAGGCACGACAGGCGUACGAUGAGUCUCUGGAAGCUCGCCAGAUUGCGGAGGCUGCCAUUGCGGAAAGGGAUGAAAUGAAGGCGCAGGUUGAGCUGGGAGCGGACGGCUUGGUGAAGAAGCUCCAGAAGCAGAUUGAGGAACAGACUGGUAUCAUCGAGCUUCAGUCACGGCAGAAUGAAAUGCUCAAAGCCGAGCUGGCUGAUGUGCAACGACUGCGGGCUCAAGAGUUGCAGCGCAACGAGCUGGAGACCCGUGAACUGUACUUGAUGCUUCGCGAUGCCCAAGACAUUGCCGCCUCCAAUGCCAAGAAGAACAACCUGGGCGAGACGGAUGUCACCCAGAUGAGAGGUAUCUUGGAUCGCGAGAAGCUCCUGGAGAGAUUGGAGAUGCAGCUUGAGAGGACCAAGACUCAAUUCAAGCUGGAAGGCAGAGUCUGGGGUCAGCACGGUCCCUCGGAUCGUCUGCGCGAGCUUCGAGAACAGAUGGAUGGCGACACUGCGCCCAGCGAAGACUUUGAGGAGCAGGCUCGCAGGAACCUUGAUAACAAUGCCCUGGGAUCUGUCUACCGGAAGAAGAGCUUCGUUCCAGAGUCCGCUGACGAAGAACAAGAGACACGUGUGGAUGAGAAUGGGGAAGUUGUCUACGAGAAGGCGCGUCUGAUUGAUCUUCAGCGUCGGCGAAUGGAUCCUGCUCAGGCCACUGGCCUUUUGGGAGAAAUCGCUGCCAAAGUACCCAAGAUUGAAGCGGAAGACAGUGAGGUAGAAACUACGCCUAAACCCGAGGGGGCAGAGUCCGGAGAGACUCCAGAGGCACCAGCCAUCCAAGUGGAAGAAGUCAAGGACGAGAAGCCCGAGGAGAAAGAUCUGGCUGCGGCUGCCCCUCCACCACCGCCGCCUCCUCCGCCGCCGCCGCCGCCAGGUGGUGCAGCAGGACUUACUCCCCCGCCGCCUCCUCCGCCUCCGCCUCCGGGCAUGAAAGCAGGCAUGCCGCCCCCGCCGCCCCCGCCCCCGCCGCCUGGUGCUGCGGGUGGAAUGCCUCCUCCGCCACCUCCACCGCCCGGCGCCUCCUUUGGCCCUCCGCCCCCUCCUCCUGCCCCUGGUGCUGGUUUUGGCAAUUGGCGAGCAAACUACUUGGCUUCACAGAACCUUUCGACCAAUCACUCCGCCCUUAUGCCAUCUAUCAGACCUAAGAAGAAGCUGAAGGCACUCCAUUGGGAUAAGGUAGAUACUCCGCAGGUCACUGUUUGGGCCUCUCAUUCCCACACGCCCGAGGCCAAGGAGGAGAAGUACAUCGAAUUGGCGAAGAAGGGAGUCUUGGAUGAAGUUGAGAGGUUGUUUAUGGCCAAGGAGACUAAGAUCUUCGGAGGUGGUACAGCCGCCAAAAAGCGCAAGGACAAGAAGCAGAUCAUCUCGAACGACCUGUCUAAGACGUUCCAAAUUGCCCUAGCAAAGUUCUCGCAAUAUCCUGCCGAGGAUGUUGUGCGGCGCAUCAUCCACUGUGAUCCAGAGAUCUUGGAUAAUGCGGUCGUCAUGGACUUCUUGCAGCGAGAUGAAAUGUGCACCAUCCCUGAGAACGUUUCCAAACUGAUGGCUCCGUACAGUCGAGACUGGACAGGGCCUGAUGCCGCUGAUACCGAGCGAGAGCAGGACCCCAAUGAGCUCACGCGUGAAGACCAGAUCUACCUAUACACCGCGUUCGAGUUGAACCACUACUGGAAGGCCAGAAUGCGGGCUCUUGCGCUGACUCGGUCUUUUGAACCGGAAUACGAGCAAAUCUCUUCAGAGCUCAAGGAAGUCGUCAAAGUUAGCGAGUCGUUGAGGGACUCGGUCUCUUUGAUGAAUGUCCUUGGCCUGAUCUUGGAUAUCGGUAACUUUAUGAACGAUGCCAAUAAACAAGCCCAGGGUUUCAAGUUAAGCUCUCUUGCUCGCCUGGGUAUGGUGAAGGAUGACAAGAACGAAACCACCUUUGCCGAUCUCGUUGAGCGAAUCGUUCGCAACCAGUAUCCCGAAUGGGAGAACUUCGUUGACCAGAUCAACGGAGUUAUUGGCCUCCAGAAACUGAACGUCGAUCAACUGCGAACGGAUGCGAGGAAAUACAUUGAGAAUAUCAAGAACGUGCAGGCCAGUCUAGACGCGGGAAACCUCAGCGAUCCUAAGAAAUUUCAUCCGCAGGACCGCGUCAGUCAGAUAGUCCAACGAUGCAUGAAAGAUGCGAGACGCAAGGCCGAGCAGUUGCAGCUCUACCUUGAUGAGAUGAUCAAAACUUAUGAUGAUAUCAUGGUCUUCUACGGUGAAGAUAACACAGACGAGGGGGCUCGGCGAGACUUCUUUGCGAAGCUGGCUGCGUUCUUGCAGGAGUGGAAGAAAUCGAAGGAGAAGAACAUGAGUCUGGAGGAGGCUAGAAAACGCACGGAGGCCUCCUUGGCUCGGAAGCGUAUCAAUGCCGGUCUUGCCAACGGUGCAGGCUCCGGCAGCGAUGCGCCACAAUCACCCGUCACCAGUGGAGCUAUGGACUCGCUUCUCGAGAAGCUUCGUGCCGCAGCUCCCCAGGCUAGAGAUCAGCGAGAUCGCCGUCGUCGUGCUAGGCUGAAGGAGCGACACCAAGUCCGUGUUGCUUCGGGACAGAAGAUGCCGGACAUCGCCGGACCCGAAGGCGCGGACAAUGGAAGCACCAACGCCGAAGACAGCAGUGCCAGUGCUAACAAAGAUAACUCCACUACGACAGAGACGGGUCUUUUGAGCCCACCCAGCCAGGAAACCGAUUCCGGGGCGGCCAACCGAGAGCCUUCCACGUCGGAAAGCGAAGAUGUGGCAGAUCGCGCUGCCAGCAUGCUCCAGGGUCUGCGAGACAAUACCGAUGGGGAUCGGUCUCGGAGACGACGGGAAACCGCCGAAGAAGAACGACGCAAGCGCAGACUUCGCCGACGCAAUGGAGCCACCGCGGGAAGCAAAGACAGUGCUGAUGGCUCGGUCCUGUCACCCGUGAUUGAGCCUGCGUCGCCGCCUGCAACCGACUCUAUGGAUCCCGAGAGCUCUGUCGCUGCCAGCCCUCCUAACGAAGAUGCUGGGUCGCCACCGCCUCCCACGUCCUCUAUGGAUGUCUCAUCGACCCUCGAUCAACAUAGUCACUCCUCUGAUAACGAUGACGCCGCUGAAGGUACGCCGCAAGAGUCGACUGAGCCGUCGAGCUGA